UAUCCUCCCCAUAUUCAUCGCGUACCCCAGCCAUUCCCCAAGAACGCGUCGCCACAGCGGUCACCGGUUACGUUCGACCUGGCGGGUGCACAGACCUACGGCAUGGGCAUGCCCGUCUGUGAGGUCAUCGCUCGCGGCGGGGACGCGCUCUCUCGGAUGAUGGUCGGCGCGUCUGACCACGUUGGACAAGGUAUGGACGGUGGCUCACGCAAGAUCUCCCUCAGUAUCGUGUGGCCGGGGCAUGAGAGCGCGAACUGGGCGCACUCGAUCGAGCUGUACACUCCACUCGGGCCGCUGACGCGCGCCCAGCUGGCCGUGCUCGUGUCACAGAUGAUCUUCUCCUUCGUCGAGGCCACCGGGCAGUUCCCUCCCUCGCGCUGCCCAGAGUGGCGGGUCGGCGCCAACGGCAUCUCGCUCGACCGCCUCUACCUCGCCGGGCUCUGGAACACCUCCUCGGACAUGUGGAUGACCGAGAUUCUGGUGGACACCCGGUGAUCGUGCGAGGACUUCUGCGCGCCGCUCGGUCGGUGCUGCCUGGGGACGUACCGCUAGGGCGGGCGCUCUCUCUCUCAUCUCCGUCAUGUCCCUCUCAUGCCUCUCAGGCCCAUCUCAUAUGGUUGGAUAUAAUUAGCACGCUCGCAUGGUUGAUAGAAAUUCGCAUAUUCCAUAGGCAUAUUUAUGUAUCCAUAUCACGCCAUGUUCU